CACACUAUCGGGGGAUAAUACGCAAGGGAGGCUGUGCUGUAUCAGGUAGCGCCGACGAGCUGAGGUAAUAGGGGACCCGAAGCUGAAAAGGUGUAGGCAAGGGCGAUGAUUGAACGAGGGACAAGACUGAUGAAGACGCCUAUAAGCCGCACCAACCACCAGAAUAAAACCAAGAAUGGAGGGGAGGGAGGAAACGAAGGAGGUAGAGAUGAUGAUAGAUUAGAGGAGGUUGAGACAGAAAAAGAGAGGGCGAGGGCGAAAGAAUCAGGAGAAAAUAUGAGACAGAACAGAAGUGGUAAAAAAGAAGAACUAAUCACAAGAAAAUCGACACAAUAAGAAAGAGACGAGAAUGAAAUGAGAAAAAGAAAAAGAUAAGAAAAAGAAAAGCAGAAAAACAAAAAUGAGGAUCAGGGGAAAAGAUGAUUGAUGAAUGACCGGGAUGAAAG